AUGCUAAAUGGUCUUCGAUCUAAGCCUUCCUACCGGGCAGCCUGGCGGCUGACGCUCGAUGAAGUGUUGACGAACACGGCGCCUCCACCAUACAAUCUCAGCGCAUUUAUAACAUAUCUCGCCCAAAGCUAUUGCCUCGAGACCCUAGAUUUUAUCCUGGAGGCGAGGCAGUAUUGCGAAUGGUACAAAUCGUUAGUUAAAACAGCAGGAGGAUCUAUUGGGACGAUCGACUCCUCGGCAUGCAUGAACCUGAGUAUGAUCUAUCGGGUUCUCCUAACGACGUACAUUCUCCCUGGAGCCCCCCGUGAGAUCAACCUGUCUGUCGACUUACGCGAUGCCCUGUUGCGUUUCAACGAUAUGUCGACACCACCCCCACCUGAGGCUCUUGAACCCGCCGUCAAGAGCAUUCAUGACCUGAUGGAGGGUUCAAUCUUCGAUUCGUUCCUGAACAGUCGCUCCACCUUUUUGCAGAGAGACCGAGCGUCGGGAGAUUCAAAUCAAAACGACAACAGGUCUGACCGCUCAUGUACGGACCCAGAAAAUCAGCCGACCAAGCCAGAUCGCGUAAAAGCUACGCGCCGCCUGUUGAGAAGGACUUGGUCAUGGCCUCCUUGGAGUCACUAG